GGCUCUCAUUUUGAAACAGAGGCUGCCGAACAGGCCCAUGAGUCUCUUCUGAAUUACUUCAAGAACAUCAGCAAUCAAUAGCGUGGUCAAGUGGCAAAGUACCUUCCGGCAUUGAGUGCUAAAUUGAGCGGUCACGUGCAUUGAUUGUUAUUUGGUUAUUUCCCAGUAUGGUAGUGCGAACCUACUAGCACUUUCGACUCUCGUCUCGACCAAGCGGUGAUCUUCGAAACCAAGGUACGUCAUCCCUGGUGUCAUUUGAAUGUAACCGCAGUGUAUAUAAGGGCGAACCUCUUUGCAUCCUCCCCUCCAAAUCGUCAGUAACUGUCUCAGCGGAUAUAUCAUCGACUCUCCUCAUCGCGUGUACCUUCACUCGCGUCUUAUUCAAAUAACCUAAAUGUCUAUCACUCGCGUAUUUUAUGAUCCCUUCAGCGAGUUUGACCGCCUCUUCGACGAUGCCUUCAACUCCCGUUUCGCCCGUCCCAAUCCUAAUCAAAUCAUCAACAGAGAUCAGACUAUUCAAGAUAAAUUGAACUUCAGACCAAAAAUGGACCUCCACGAGAGUGCAGAGCACAACGCUAUCACCGCGACGUUCGAGCUGCCCGGCUUAACCAAAGAGAAUGUCAAUAUCGACCUACACAAUGGUCGACUCACUGUUUCUGGAAAGGUCGAAACUCAAGUAGCUCGUGAGGAGAAUGAUUUUGCCGUCCGCGAAAGGUCCUUUGGAAAUUUUUCUAGGACACUGCGGGUCUCUGAGGGUGUAAAGCCUGAAGAGAUCAAAGCCAGCAUGGAAAACGGUGUCUUGACUGUGACAUUCCCGAAAGGUAGCGCGGACCAGGCUCCUAAACGUAUAACUGUUUCUUGAAGCAAUCGGGGUCAUUGGUCUGUUGUGGUGAUGGAGAAAGAAAGUAGAGUUCAAGUAGAGUUUGGAUAUGCCAUUUUGAUAACUUUAGUUGUAAAAGUAGUGUCAUGCAUCACAUGUAUCGCAUAUAGGAGAUAUAUGAAUGUACUCACCAGUUUCAUUUUGUUAGUUUCACAAAAUACAUUUAGACUGUACUCUCACCAA